AUGGCUACGAGUUGCACGCAGAAACACCUCAUCCGGUGGAUUCAAUUGCUGCUGAAAUGUACCAUCUUCCUGUCCCUAACGGCUGCGGCUGUGUCGUCGAGGCUGUUUUCGGUCAUCCGGUUUGAGUCGAUCAUCCACGAGUUCGAUCCAUGGUUCAACUUCCGGGCAACAAAGUACCUGGUAAACAACGGCUUUUAUAAGUUUCUUAAUUGGUUCGACGACAGAACUUGGUAUCCCCUGGGCAGAGUCACCGGUGGCACGCUGUAUCCCGGUCUGAUGGCGACGUCCGCCGCUGUAUGGCACGGGCUCCGCAAGAUUGGGCUGCCUAUCGACAUCCGGAACGUGUGUGUGCUGUUUGCGCCCGCGUUCUCUGGUGUCACUGCGUGGGCCACUUAUCACCUGACAAGCGAGAUCAAGGACUCCGGCGCGGGCCUGCUGGCAGCCGCCUUUAUCGCGAUUGCUCCGGGAUACAUUUCCCGGUCUGUCGCAGGCUCCUACGACAACGAAGCCAUCGCUAUCACCUUGCUGAUGGUUACGUUCAUGUUCUGGAUCAAGGCCAUGAAAACCGGCUCCAUCAUGCAUUCCACCUUUGCAGCCCUCUUCUACUUUUACAUGGUGUCCGCGUGGGGUGGCUACGUGUUCAUCACCAACCUGAUCCCCUUGCAUGUCUUCAUUUUAAUUUUGAUGGGCCGCUACUCCACCAGACUUUACUCGGCCUACAGUACCUGGUACGCUAUUGGCACACUCGCCUCCAUGCAGAUUCCAUUUGUCGGGUUUCUGCCCAUCAGAUCUAACGACCACAUGGCUGCGUUGGGUGUAUUUGGUUUGAUGCAGGUGGUUGCGCUGGGGAGCUACGUGAAGUCGCAGGUCUCGUGGCAGAAGUUCCAAACUGUGAUGGUUGUAUCACUUGUAUUUCUGCUAGCGCUGGGUAUCAGUGCUUUGUUUGCGCUGACUUACUUUGGUUUCAUUGCCCCCUGGACCGGCAGAUUCUACUCUCUGUGGGACACUAACUACGCGAAGAUCCACAUCCCCAUUAUCGCCUCGGUAUCAGAGCACCAGCCUACCGCGUGGCCAGCCUUUUUCUUUGAUACUCAAUUUCUGAUUUGGUUAUUCCCAGCGGGUGUAUUUUUACUGUUCUUGGAUCUCAAAGAUGAACACGUUUUCGUGAUUGCUUACUCCGUUCUCUGCUCUUAUUUUGCGGGUGUCAUGGUCAGACUCAUGCUAACUCUGACACCAAUCAUCUGUGUCUGUGCCGCAGUAGCCAUUUCCAAGCUAUUCGACGUCUACGCCGACUUUUCAUAUUUUUUCAGUUCCUCCAGCGCAGAAAAGCCAAACCUGUCCAAGAGAGACCGCAUUAUGACUUUGGUUACUAAGCUAACGGUUUGUGGUUCUUUCUUGGCCUAUUUGGUUUUGUUCGUGCACCACUGUACCUGGGUGACCUCUAACGCUUAUUCGUCGCCAUCCGUGGUUUUGCCUUCACGUAAUCCCGACGGAUCUCCUGCUCUGAUAGACGACUUCCGUGAGGCUUACUACUGGCUGCGUAUGAACACUGCAGAAGAUGCCAAGGUUGCCUCUUGGUGGGACUACGGCUACCAAAUUGGUGGCAUGGCUGACAGAACCACCUUGGUAGACAACAAUACUUGGAACAACACCCACAUCGCUAUCGUGGGUAAAGCUAUGUCGUCCCCCCAAGAGAAGGCGUAUGACAUCUUGAAGGCUCACGAUGUGGACUACGUUCUGGUUAUUUUCGGCGGGCUCAUAGGAUUCUCAGGUGAUGAUAUCAACAAGUUCCUAUGGAUGGUAAGGAUUUCUGAGGGCAUAUGGCCCGAUGAAAUCAAAGAAAGAGACUACUUCACCCCCAGCGGUGAGUACCGUAUGGACGCGCAAGCUUCCCAAACCAUGAAAGACUCGCUGUUGUACAAGCUCUCCUACCACCGCUUCCCCACAUUGUUCAAUGGCGUUGAGGGCAUCGACCGUCUGCGUGGUCAGAACAUCAGACAAGUGGAUAUCGGUAACUUGGACUACUUUGAAGAGGUUUUCACCUCUGAGAACUGGAUCGUGAGACUUUACAAACUCAAAGAGCUAGAUGCUAUGGGCAGAGACUUGCAUACCAAAGGCGAAUUCGACAGAGGCUCCUCCCGCGGCAUCAAAAAGAGAGUUGCCAAGAAGCCACUGCUUGACGUCAGAGUCUGA